AUGUGUCAGUUUUACUAUGGGAGACUCGAGACAGAGAGACGCCGGUGUUUCUUGUGUGAGAAUGGGUAUUGCAUGCAUUGGGGGAACUGGGAGAACUGGGGGAACUGGGAGAACUGGUUUUGUUGUGCGUGUCUCCCUGGAUACACGGGAAGUUUUUGUGAUGAAGAAAUCGACCAGUGUGCCAUGGACAAGCCGUGCAUGAACGGUGCCACGUGUCACCGCCUCACCGCCGACUUCCGAUGUGAGUGCGUGCCCGGAUACACCGACAAAUCCUGUUCAACCGACGUCAACGAGUGUGCCAGCGCCCCAUGUCAGAACGGUGGCACGUGCCAAGACUACGUGGACUACUUCGAGUGCCAAUGUCCAAUGGGCUACUACGGCUGGUUCUGCGAAACAGCAAACUGUCAGCCAACUAUGGCGGACGUCAUAUUCUUACUCGACUCCUCCAUCAGCCAGACUGAAAACGAUUUCCAGAACCAGCUUGCCUUCGUCAACCAGUUCAUAGACCACGUGGUCGUCGACGAGAGAAACUUCCGGAUAGGCGUGGUUACGUUCUCCUUUAAGGCGCACCUGGAGAUUGGCCUCAAUGACUACAACGACAAUGUCACACUGAAGCAGGCUGUCAACAAUAUCACCUUCAGACCUGGCGGGACGCUUACACAUCUUGGGUUGAAGAAAGUCACAGAGCAUGUCAAUGGCAUAUCGUCGAAACGUGUGUUAGGGAUAUCAGCGAAGCGGUACGUGUUCCUCCUAACCGACGGCAUGUCCACUUCCCGUCAGCUCACCCUUACUGCUGCUGCAGAUCUCAGGAAAUCUGUUACAAAGGUUUUGGCUAUAGGUAUCGGCUCUGAGGUUUCCCACGAUGAGUUGCUGGGCGUGGCCUCCCCGGGGGACGAGCGGGCUCCCGAGUACGUGUUCUCCGUGCACAACUUUAACGCUCUCUACACAGUCAUACAGCAACUGGUCGCCCUCACAUGCGACGAGUGUUUUUGGAACACAUCAAGUGAUGUAACAUUUCUACUGGAUAUGAGAUCAGAUAUAAGUGAUUUUGAAUUCAGCCAAGCAGUAGAUGCACUGACCUAUAUACUUACGGAUACCCUUAAUCAAAAUUUCAACGUCACUGUCCGUCUAGCCUUGGUAUCGUAUGACGAUGACGGUGUCCAAAUUCACCGCAAUCUGACAGACACGACGACCACUGAAAGCUUUGUCCAAUACAUACAAACGUUGACGGUGGUUCGGUCAUGUGAGGGGGAAACUGCCGAGUCGUGUGUUUCUUUAAACAUCGACACACUAGAUAAAGCUCUGCGUAAGAUAGAACAGGAGAUAUUUAAUGAGAGUGCAGAAGUUACGCGACAGAUCAUUAUACUGUUAACGAGUGGUGAUCCACGCGUUUCAACGGAACCCGGCUCGACACUGGCCCGAAUGAAAGAUUCUGGCCUUCUGGUGUUUGUGGUGGGGUUGGGGGAGAGAUUCGGGAUCGAGGCUGCAAAGGGGCUUGCCAGCGACCCUGCCUAUGUAUUUGUGUCCCGUUCUGGGGAACCCCAUACUAAUCUGGACGUUAUUGCUACGGAAGUUUUUUACAGCUCGUGCCAACUUUCGAAUGACUUUUGA